AUGGAUCAACUACGUGCGUUGACUGAGAGCGUCACCUCUCUUCAACAGAACCAACAACUCUUAAUGGAUGCCCUACUAGCCUUACAAAGGGCACCUACACUUCCAUCAUCGUCUAACCCUCUUUCAACAUCACAAAAUGGCGCUCCACCAUUAGCCCAGAAUGGCUCGGAAGCCAACCUCGCUACACAAAACAACUUGCGAACCCAGGCGGGAGGACAAACAAUCGCCCCGCUCCCUCCGUCAGCUCCCAACCAAAUACCUCCACCGCAAGUUAGAUCCAUUAGCGGAGCUCCCACCGCAGUGCCUUCGACUAGCUCUCCAGCUCUCCUGGUGGAUCAGAACCCUUCCCAGCCAUUAACAUUGGAAGUAGUAAAAGAACACAUACACAGUCUACUUCAGACAAACAAAGGUCACAUCCCUGCCUCCCCAGAAUUGGACCUCCGUUCCCCUUACCCUAUUCACAUUGCAAGUCUUCCAUAUCCAGCGGGAUAUACAGUACCCAAGUUUGUUCGCUUCGACGGACGAAAAGGGAACGCCAGGGAGCAUGUUUCACGCUUUCUUGACGCCCUUGGAGCUUAUCGAGAGGACCGAAACCUCCGCAUGAGGGAAUUCUACAAAUCCCUCACAGAUCGAGCAUUCUCGUGGUAUGCUAACCUCGCUGCUGGCUCUAUUUCUUCAUGGGAAGACUUGGUAAAAACGUUUUACAUCAAGUUCUUUUACAUUGAAGAAAGGUUAACCACCCUUCAUCUUAUGAGGGAAACACAACGACUUGGGGAGGAUAUCCUCGUUUACGUCCGCUGUUUCAGGGAAAAAGCAGUAGACAUUCAAGACCCGAUAGAAGAACACCAACUGGUGUCAUUGUGCAUUGAAAGAAUGCUCGCGACUUAUAAACUCCAGUUGGUCAACCACCAUUUCCCUGACUUUUUCGCUUUAUGUGCUGCGGCCCGAAACAUAAGUGAAGCAGUAAGAUCAUGGGCACGAAUGACAGCACCACAACCCCACUCAUGGCGACCAACGGCACCUCAACCUUCCUCAUGGAGGCCUAACCGACGCAAUCACGCUGUAUAUGUAGCCAAAGGCCCCUUUAGAGGAAGAGGAGACUCGUAG